UGAAAUUCGCGAGUUCAAUUUAUAGGUUAGAGGUAUUAAAAAUAUGACAUUUUAAACCGAUAUCCUAGUUGUUUGAUAUGUGAAUAAACAUGGAAUUACUUCAUAAGGUUGUGGUUCUAUCAUUAGUGAUAUUUGCAAAUACUGUAAUAAGUGACUGUGCCAAAAUAAAUAGCCCGAGGGUACUGCUGCCAUGGUUUGAAAAUUUGUAUGUAAAUUUCACUUUUGAAAUAAUUGAAGGGGGCUGUUAUAAGUGGAGUUUAUCCCGCGAUGACAUCAUCGAUCUUGAACCCCUUUACGACGAUACUUGGGGUCACUGUUCCCGGGCAGCUCGGGUUUCAGUUUCUAAAACGUGUGUAUCACCAGGUUCAGUUAUUAUCCUUGCCGAAGAAGUGAAUACCGGCGAGAUAUUGCGAGGUGAUGUUGACAUUGAUAAAAUUAAUUCAUUGAAUAUAACAAGUACAACAUGGAAGCUGUUUUUGGAGGAGGCUCCGGAGGCUUUUGAAGUUGUUGCUUUUGAUGAUCAAGGUAAUACAUUCUCUUCAUUGGAAGGUGUAACCUUCAAUUGGAAUAUAGAGAACCUUGGAAAUAAUUAUGGUGAAGAACCUGUAGUUACAUUAGUUCGCUGGCGUGACACUGACUAUGAAGCACCUCCGGGUACUGCGGAACUGGAAGCUAAAGGUCUCAGGUCACAUGCAGUGCUUUUGUAUGGACAAGCUAUGGGCGAAUGCCGGGUAACAGUGUGUCUUGACAAUAUUUGCACAGGGUUCAACUUGAAAGUUGUUGCCAGUGUUGUGUUGAACCCGGUUACAGCUGUUAUUGCACCUCAAGACACAUUACGAUACAAGGUGCUUAGAAUGAGAGCAGGUCGACUUACAGUACAAAAUAUUGGAGAUACUCUGUACAGUUUAAGUGUGCCAGAUAAUGUUGUAGCAAAACUGGAAGAUGCUAUCAGCUUAGUUCGAGGCACAAAGAUUGGUACAACUAGUGUCAUCCUAAUGUCUGGAAUGACAGAAGUUGCUAGAGCGACAUUAACAGUUUCAGAACCUCAUAGUAUUCGUGUCACUUUAAGACCGGCUAAUUUGGUUGUCUAUGGUGACAUAUUUACAGUGCACUGUGUCAUAUUUGAUGGUGAAGGUCGCCCUUUAAUGGCUGGCGAUGAGAUAUUGAUACGUUUGUCAGUGGAAGGAGAGGCUAACAUUGAUUUGAUCAAGUCUACGGAUAAUGGAACAAUAACAGAUGCUAUGGCUAGGAAUGCAGGACAAUUUACGAUUACUGCGAAGCUUUAUUCUAUUGCCGGAAGGACUAUUAUGACUAAGGUUGAAGGUCAAGUUACCGGAACAGCUAUAGAACCAUUGGAAAUUGUACCACCUGAACUUUUUAUUGCUUGGACUGAAAAUAUUCAAGAUAUACAGUUGAAGUAUCGUGGCGGAGGUGAUGAGGAAGUGGUGUGGGCAGAGAGUGAGACAUCAUUACAGAAUCAGAAUUCGUUAUCAGUGGCACCAACAGGAAUUGUUAGCGUACAUGGAUUUGGUUAUUUGGAUGUCAAAGUUUAUUUGAAGAAGUAUCCUCAUAUUAAAGCUAACGGAAGGGUGUGGUCCGCUGCACCGGAGCUGCUGCAGGUGUCCAGCUCUGGUCAGGCGCGUGUGUCUCGUCCUCAUCAUCUGCACAUCGCCCUCACAGCAACACAUCCCAAUACUGGGGAAUUGUAUAAUUUUCAUGUAUGUAAUUGCGCGUCAUUUGCAACGACAUUACUGGAGGGCCCCGAGCCUCAUAAUGUAACAGCUGCUACUUGGGUGCAGCCAGUCGAUGGCGCAUGCUGCGUGCUGCAGGGCGUGUGGACGGGACGCGGCGUGUCGUUGGUGCGUGUGUCACGCGGUCGUGCGGGGGAUAGCGCGCGUAUAGCAGUGCGAGCCGCACCGCGUCUGCGCUGGCCACAACACGCUGCUGCGUUACUAUCUGCUACCGCACCGGUGUUAGCAGAAGGGGAAUCUUUAGUUCCGUCAUCAAGCGAUCCCCGUGUUGCAGAGUUGGUAUACAGAGAUGGACCCUCACCCCACAAGUAUCCGGAACUGGAGGUCUUUACGUUAAGAUGUCGUAGGAAAGGAGACACUAGACUGGAGAUAUCAUCUCAGACAGACACAGAGCGAGAGUCAGUGGAGCUGGAGGUGGCUUGUGCUCCGCAUGUGUCGCGUCUGCGUCUGGAGCCCCCGCCCAGCCCCGGCAACUGUACCGGAGGACCAAAACUAUGGCUACGUCCAGGACAAGAAGUGACAGUGAAGGUGACAUUAAUGGAUGCAAUCGGCAGAGAGUUGUUAGAUGAAAACGGUCCGAGGGUGUCAUGGGAAUUGCAACCUAAUCGUGCGGGAAUAGAGUUCACGGCAGCUGAUAGAUUGUUCGUAGAAACUGAUCCUGAGUAUGCACCAGUGACAGUACCUUUAAAAUAUUAUCAGUUGGUGGUAGCCGAAGAUCAAGCUAUAGGAUGGACAGGUUCAAUCAAAGCCAGCAUUCCUGAAGCAACCGCUUCUAUACAAGCUAGAGUUGUAGCACCUUUGAAAUGUGAUCCUAUUAAGACAAAUAUUGCUUGGGAAGGUGAAUCUGUGUCAAGUAUAGCUACUGUCAGCGGAGGCAGUGGGAAAUACGCGGUGCAGGCUCCGAAGGGCGUGGUCGCUAACGUUGAGGGCGGGACCUUAACAGCCUCCGCCCCCGCGCCCGGUACUUACGAUCUUCUGGUCACUGAUCUCUGUGUUUUAGGCGAGAAACAACUCAUUGAGGUGAACAUAGAGGAGGUGAUAAGUGUGGAGGUGGUGACGUCCCGUGCGGUGUGUGUGGGGGGGUGUGUACCUGUGAGUGCGGUGGCGAGGGGCGUGUCUCAGAGAUAUGUGGACAGUUCGCGGCCCGCUGAUUGGCGCGUCUCCGGCGCUGUGAGGGUUAAAGAUGGCAAGCUGUGCGGGCUGCAGGAAGGCUCAGGACGAAUUCGCGCGUCAAUAGCUGGUGUCUGGAGUCCUGAAUUGGAGGUGGUGGUGUUCCCCACGCUGCGUGUGGUGCCGAGCAGCGCCCGUGUACCACCUGGUGCACGACUGCAGCUGCGACAUGCAGGUGGUCCACCACCACACCUCGCUGACCUGCAUUACCACCUCGCCUCACACACUGACAAACUAGAUGUAUCUCCAAGUGGUCUAGUGCAUGGACUCGCGAUGGGCACAGCUCAUGUUAAGCUGGUCGCUACCGAUAUAACUAAUGUUGAAAUGGCAAGUGCAGAAGCUGAAAUUGAGGUGGUGCCGAUUUCUGGUCUACGCGUGGUAGCUGCGACACAAAGCCUGCUGGUGGGGUCUCCGGGGCCGGUGUGGGUGCAGGCUGCGGGUCUGGCUCCGGCCUCGCUUGCAGCUGUGCAGCCUCCGCCGCGCGUCACAUGGACAUUACGAGACCCGACUACUGCCAGAUUGUAUACUGGACAUAUUGAUGAUUUAUUAGAACGAUCAAUAGCUGAAGGCUUGUCAGUGCGCGUUGUUCCAUUGAAACCAGGCGUUAUAACUAUUGAUGUUAGAGUACGGAACAUGGGACAGGUCGCUGAAACUCGAUCGUGGGACAGUACGAUAGAGAUUCUUGGAAUAUCUGACAUACGUAUAUCAAUGGAUAGUACAAAUGCUGAAUUAUCUACUGGCAAACGUUUGGCUCUAGCUGUAGGUUCGUCUGUACGUCUAAGGUCAAUACCGAGGUGUGGCUGGACCUCUUACGGUGAAGGUGUGUUUGAACUGAGCCCUAACGGAGAUGUCAAAGGAUUGAGGCCUGGUCAUGGAGUGAUUGCAGCUCAACAUAAAGAUGAUAGGAAUAAUAUUUAUAGAGAAACGAUAAUUCACGUAGAAGUGGCAACACCACACUACUGCACCGCAGAGCCAUCUGGCGACGUGGACGAUGAAGCUCUUAGAUUAGUUCUGAGAAACUCCGUAGGGCGGGAACUUAUAGCGCACGAGGCUAACGUAUCCGUUACUGCGCCUGUACCAGCACACGUCAGGCGAACCACCACCGGUGGUCUCGGAAAUGAGAUUGUGUUCACUGGACUGGACACCUCCGGCACCUUCGCAAGCUUCCAGGCGACUGCUGGCGGACACACUGUCACUGAUGAAGUUCUUGUCAUCGGAUCUGAAGCACAUGGGAAUAGAAUCAUUGUAAGUGGCAGCUGGGCGGUGUGUCUGGAGGGCGUGGGAUGGCGUGCACCGGCUGGUGUCACGCUGCACGCGGGGGCGGGUGUCACGCUCGCCGUGCUAAUGAAGGACACGGCGGCCAAACACGCUCUGCGUCUAGACCGUCCGCCCGCCGCUGUCACGCUGCACCAAGUGCCUUUAAACAAGUUGGAGUUUUUACAUGGAGAAUGGCCGUAUUCAAUGGUGCCGCUGUCAUUCGAAGCUAGCGGACUUACAUCGGGACCGUUAUUGUGUUCGGAAGAACAGAAGUAUGCAUUGCAGGGGAUUGAAGUGGAAUUACCUUAUAUUUGUCGUACUAAAGCACCGCAUACAGCACAACCUAUACUUGAUAUAGACAAUGGUCAAUUGGGCUGUUCUAUAAUACCAUCAUCAUCAAUAACUGAAUCAACAGAAAUCGAAUUAUGCGCCGAAUGGGGUACUCACAGAACUUGCACUAGGGUACUACUUCUACCUCCAAUAGAAGUUCCCCUAACUAAAGUCUCUUUAGCAAAUCCACCAGCUACCUUCACCGUAACUGGUCAUCCUCGUGCGCUAAAGCUGGUCAAAAUGACCAUAUCACCCGGUCUUAAGAUAGAAAUGAGUUCCAAAGACAGUGAGAUUACGGUAACUGUGACAAGUGAGAAAGUGACCUGUGGUGUUGGACUUGUUCAUGUAAUUUCUAAGUUAACUGCGCAAGAUAUUACUGUAGAAGUGGAGAGAGAAUGUGAUAUAGCUUGUGGGACUCUACUUGGUGCUAUCUUCUCUCUUCUGAAGCCGUAUUUACCUACUUUAAUGACUAUCGUUGCUAUGGCUGCUGCGUAUCUUUAUGUGCAACAACGUAUGCAGAGCAAAGGAAAGCUUCGUAUGCCAACACCGCCGAUGCAGACAGUGUUGCCACCUGAGACACCGGCGCUGCGCGUGCGUACCUGGUCUCGUAGUCCGUACUCAUCUAACGGGCACAGCGUACCCGCACCAGUAUACGGUGAUGCAAGUGUAUUACCUGAUAGUAGUUUCUCACCGAAUUCAUCACGGUUACAUUCUAGAUUGUUGUAGCAGGGAAUAUGAAAUGGAUAGAUCUUAAGUGUAUAUAGGUUUGGUUAUCUAUACCCGAUUGGACUAUUUUUUGAGUUGGCUAUUAUGAUGUUCUGGACAUAAUUUAUUAGGUUUGACGAUUAUGGCCAACUGAAGUAUUGUACUUAGUUAUUUAGUUGAAGAAAUUAUAAGUGAAAAGGUUGUCAUAUAUUGAAGUGACACUUAUAUGAGAGAUACGAUCGGAACCCAAAGUUAAAGAAAAAG